GUUGCUAAUCUGAAUGAAUCAGGAGCUGACCAGAGUUUAGAUGCAGAAAGUAAUGCGGUAUCUUCUAACCUUCUUGAGCCAAACGUUUUAGCUUCACUGAGUCAAGAAGCUAAUUCACAAACCACCAACGGUACAAUGAAUUCGGAAAAUAAUCAAGUUAACUUAGAUGCUGCUAGUGUUGGUAAAGAUUUGGAUGCACUUCUUCAAGACAAGGAUAUGAUACAACUGAACAACAAUAGCCCUAUGGAGACUGAUGCAGGAACAAUUACCAUGGACAAGCAGUUUACCUCUUACCAAACAGACUCCAACGGCAAAAGUGGAACUUUUGUAGUCAAGCCUCCGUUUGGUAAUGUGGAGUCUGCAGAAAAUUCUGUUUCUCCAAUGCAAAAUGGAGUAAAGCUUGUUGUUCCUACCACUUUUUCCGUCGUCAUUAUCAGUUGUACUCCUCUUCAUCACUUGUAUUCUUUGACCUGCCCCUUUUUCUCUUGUCAUAAUCCGACUCAUCUUCAUCAGAAUCGUCAUCUUUUUUCUUUCUCAACAACUAUAAUUUACUACUCAACCUCUUGCCGUAUUUCUUCUGAGCAAUGGCCUCUGAAUCUUAAUCAGAGUCUGAACUCUCGCUCUCACUCUCAUUAAUAUGAGCAAGUGCAAGGAACCCCUGAAAACUAACAUAAGCGUGUUUUCUCCCUCAGGUUCUGCAUUGGAGAACAAAGACAUCACAUAAAGCUGUACUUGGCGUAUGAAGAGCAACGGAGAGAUGAAUAAUAAAAUAUCGUGUAUAUAUACUAUAGAUCAAAGGAAAACUCAGUCACCAUUUGUUAAACCAUAGAUUCAUCACAAAACUUGGAUAAAAAUAAUAAAUACUUUUCAUCA